UAAGGUCUUCAUAACCCUUACUGUUUGGUAUCAAUAAAUCCCGUUUUUCACGGGCUUUCAUUUGGUAUAAAAUUCAUCAUCUACUCUAUUUAAAAUGAUGGUGUUACCCCCCUGGAAUAAUAUUUUUUCUAACCGUGAACUUAGAAAAGUACUUUGGUAAGUAAUGUCCAGAGUUCCUGGAGUUUUUUGCAAGUAAACAAGGUACUUAUCAAGUAUUUUAACAAGUAUAAGUAUUAUGAAUACUUCAUCAAAUAUUUGGCAGGUAACUUGGUAAGUACUUGCAAAAUAUAUGCAAGUGCCCGAAGUUCUUCCAAGUACUUGGCACGUAUUAAAUCUAAAAGUGUUUGACAAGUGCUUAACCAAGUACUUUAGAAAAUAAUUUGCAAGUAGAUAAGUACUUGAUCUCAAGUACAUUCAGUAGGUUGUGCCUCAAACAUCCCACAGGAUAGACGGCCCUAUAACAUGCAAACUAAUUCAAAUGCGUCACAAACAUCUGGAAUAUUUCAAACUUUUUAACAUGUUUAAAUCUAUAAAACUAACGUAUUAAAACAAUGACUCAAGUUGAGUCACCCAACGUCAGAAGUUUGUUUUUUCUCUUGUCCUAGGAUGUCUGGUCGUUGAAAUCAAAUAAUUAAAACAUUGCUGUAAAGGAAGUAGAGUUUGAAAAACCUCUAAAUAUGUACACGCCUUCAACAUGUUCCACCUAUGAGUGGAAAUAUUUUUAAGGUUUUUCUCUUCUUACUGCUUUUAAAAAGUUCGAAUACAAAGGAUUUUAAUUCAAACACGUUUAUAGAAAAGCGAGUCGAUUCUCAAGAAUCUUGAAAAUCAACAUUUUCUAUAAAGUUGAAAAGUCGGUGAGGAUUUUCUAUAAGUUUGAAAAUCCUCAGGGAUUUUAUAUUCGAUUUUCUAUAAAAUUGAAAAUAAUUCAAGAUUACAGUGUAAAAUAUUUAAAGACGCUCAAACUGAUUUCUUUUUUCGAAUUCGUUCGAACUUUCAUUCAGAUGAUAAAUCAUUUCAUAGGAAUUAUCAAAAAGAUUCUAAUAUAAUGUUGUAUAAAUGUAAAGACUGCUUUUUGCAGUUCGUUCAAUCGUUUGAUGUUAUAGACCGUGACACGACUCUUCCGCGAACCGUACCCGAACUUUUAAUAAUACAAACUUAGGUAUUUCUGACAGUGUACUUAUCUGGUAUGUCAGUAGUUCAAGACAAAGACCAUCGCAGGACAGGACAACAACAAAUUCCUUGAUUUGCCCUGCAAGAGAUUGGUUUUUGAAAUUUUCAAGCUUCUUUUUAAGUAAAAUUUUGAGAUCUUUUGUAUAUGUUAAAAAAAAAAUGACAGCCAAUUUUCUAAAAUUGAUAAUUAAUAAAAAAAAACAUUCUGUUACGCGCGAUAAUCUCUGGUUCAAGAUGAAGCUUGUAUUAAAAUUUUUUUAACGAAUACGUUCAGUAAUACGCGUUGCUUUGUUAGUUUUCUAAUGUUUAAUUUUCUUUAUAUUUAUUCACAAAAAUUCGCGGAAUCGCCGGUUCGCGUUAGAGUCGUUCGCGGAAGAGUCGGUGAAUCGUUACAGUCAAAGAUUUGACGAUCUUUGCUCGUUUUGAUUGUGCACUUUUGGAUCAUAGUAAAUAUCAGAGGUAAUUAGUAUCCAAUUGACCUUCAACGAUUUCGAAGCAACUAGAAGAAGACAUGAAUUUUGAUAUCCUACAGCGCCAUCUUCUAAAUUGAUUAGUUUUCACUGUAGUCAAAUGACGAAUCCAAACGAGGAGUCUCGUAUGAUUAAAAAAGAGAGGAAGUAAAAAAAUGAAAUGAAAUAAUAGAAGUAAAAUAAACAGGUUGAUUGUAAAAGUAGCCAAAAUUACUGAAUCAGCGUUUUGAAUAACAAUUUUUCUUUCCAUUUUGCUGUGAACAUCAAAAGUUUGAUUUUCUUUCUCGUGAAAGAAGUGACAAACAUUUAAACAUUUGUUGGUCAAAAUCAAAAAAUUUACUCUCGCUUGGCCCACCACUUAUUAAUAACGCUGUACUAAAUAUUUCUCCAGUACUAGAAUAUAAAAAGGACCAUGAAACUCGUACUACAAAAAUAUCUCUUUUAUGAGAAAGAAAAGAGGAUAUUGCUUGUAGAUUGCGAGCAAAUAACUGUAAUCGUGUUCAAGGAAAGAAUUAUAAGUCCGAAACUUCACUCUGAUUAGUUUUAGACAAUACAACAACUGUGUUUUCAUUAUAAUUUAUUGUUCUUCCUCAUCAUCUACAAUGUCUUCAACUUAUAUGAUAUUUCGAUGUUUAUUCACUGUCAUCAAUAUUUGCUUUUUUGUAAGUUGUUAUUUUCUUUUAAAACACCACUAUGAGAAGAGAUCAUAUUAUUUCUAAUUUCAUUUAGGUAUUUGGACUUUCCGUUUUAAGUGUGAGUGUUUGGAUACAUUUCGCAUCGAUGGAGUAUCGACCGUUUAUGGGAAAUAGGGUUUUUACAGCACCUAUUGUAUUAAUUGUGUCAGCUAAACUCUCAGUGAUACUCGGUGCUAUUGGUUGUGUGGGUGCUUGGUUUGAAAAGAAAACUUUACUCCUUGUGUACGUGAUCACUAUGAUAAUCCUGUUUGUUGCAUUACUUAUUGGCGUUGUAUUCAUUAUUGCUUUCAGUGAAAAAGUUUCCGUGGCUGCUCGUAAAGAAUUAUUAUUAAGUAUUCGAAAAUAUCCUGGAGAAGAAGGACAUGAUCCAAACAAUUUUCGAAAAACAAUGAAUUCUAUACAAAAACGAUUACAUUGUUGUGGUAUUGAUGAAUAUCGUGAUUGGUUUACAGCUGAUAUUUGGGCUGGUCAAACAUAUGUACCGGAUUCAUGCUGUAUUGAAGAGAAAGCUGAUUGUGGAAAACAAAUUGUUUAUAAUGAAACAUACGGUCUUAUCUUUACAGAGGGUUGUUUCAAUAUGAUUCAAUUAGAAAUUAAUCGAAAUUUAAUGAUUGUUGGAAUAUUAGCUUUUGUCCUUGUUUUUGUCGAAGGUUUUAGUAUUGUUUCUGCACUUGGAUUAUUUUGUUUUCUUCAGCAACGUGAUCGCUAUAUAUAA